UCUAACUCUUCUACCUGUUUUUCUUCUUCCGUCUACGGGGUAGAGAGAGAGAGAGAGAGAGAGAGAGAAUGGAAAGGUCAUCGGAGGAAGUGACUCCGUCGGAAGCAGCCGUACUGAUAACUCCUCGUGCCGAUCCCAUUCGCGGCGACGAUCGGAACGGUAACCGAAACCCUAUCAGUACUGCUUCAUCAUCGCGAGCUGAGUGGCCGACGAUCGAUGGACCAUUGGGGUUGUCGGAGCAAGAUUCCGUUGGUUACGCUCGUAAGUUUUUCGGAUUUGGAUUCAUUUUGCUACCAAUGCUGUGGGCCGUUAAUUGCUACUACUUCUGGCCAGUUCUUCGUAACUCUCGCUCUUUCCCCCGAAUCCGCCCCUAUGUGGUAGGAUCAGCAAUAGGAGUGACGAUAUUUUCAGCCAUGCUAGCUUCGUGGGCCCUCACCUUCACCAUUGGAGGUGAACGUCUUUUCGGGCAUACAUGGGAUGAACUGAAUUACAAGUUGGGGCUAGCCUACGUGGCUAACAAGGUGUCUAACUAG